AUGUGUUCUUCUAGCGGGAGUCGCGCGCUGAUCGUGUCGGUGUCGAGCUUUUAUCCAGACGUGGAGUUGAGCGCGCGCCCGGGGACUGCGCGAGACACGUGGAAACUGCACCGAGCGCUCUGCUCACGGGGCUUCAGCACACGCAUCCUCAACGACCCCGAUGCCGAGGAGAUUCACGAGGCGUUUAAAUCAGAGAGCGAGCAGGCAGUGGACGGCUGUUUUGUGGGAGUGAUCUCCAGCCACGGUGAAGAAGGUUUGGUGUUCGGAGCAGACGGGCGUCCGGUCCAGCUCUCCAAAAUCUACAGCUACUUUGGAGGCCCUACGAUGGCAGCAAAAAACAAACUGUUCCUCAUCCAGGCGUGUCGGGGACACCUACUGGAUGAUGGGGUUGAGAUCGAGACAGACUCUGUAGGCUGUGAAGACAGUGGAAUGUCUGAGUGCGCCUCUGUCCCGCCCAACACUGUGGUCAUGUACGCUACAGCUCCAGGCUACGGCGCCUUCAUGAACCGGAUGGGAUCCAUCUUCCUGCAGACAUUCUGUAAGUUACUGGAAGAUGGUGGGGCAGAGCUGGAGGUGACCCGCCUGCUGACCCAAAUUAGCCACCACAUUGCCCACCAUUUCAGUGCCCGGGGUGGAGAGCUGCAGGGCAGAAAGGAAAUGCCCUGCAUCAUCAGCCGCCUAACCACAGACUUUUACCCCUUUAUAGACUGUGGGAAGAACAGGAGCUUUCGACUGUCGGCCACAGAGCUCCUGGAUCAUCCUUAUACAAUCCGCAAAAACUCCAUCAGCUGAUCCUACACAACCCACAAAACUCUAAAGGUCUUACAGCCAGAACACUGCAGGCAGUGGAUUCAUACAGCAGUGGUAACAGAGCUGUAUGAAUCACACACUUACUGUAAAAUAUGCAGAGUUUAAGACUUGAACGACAUAAUGAGUUUACAGAUGUGAACUUGAAUGACAGUGAAUAUUUACACAUGGCGCACAACCUGAGGUGGUCAAUAAUAAGCGUACAUUUAUGUUACACUCAUAUAGUUAUUGUUCCAUAUGAGAUAAUGAGCAGAAUAACACAAUGUUUCUCUACAUGAGUCAGAGGGAAAUGAGCAGGUUUAGGGAAUGCUUUGGGAUUUUUGUGUGAAUUUCACUUUUUGUUACUUCCUAAUGCGGACACGUUCAGUUCAUGUUAUAUAACAGAUAAAUCUUACAGAGAGAAACGAAGGAAUGAAGGAAUGAAGGGACAGAACUUUGCAGGAAAUAAGACACAGGAGGAGACAGAGUUUGGGGAUAAAGGACGAGACUUUUAGGAUGGGGUGAUAGUAUUGCGUGCAGAAAAAAGAUUUUUAUCGUCUCGGUCUGUUUCUUCCUCUCAGAUUUCAGCAGGCAGGGUUUGACUACUUCUCAGACGUCACAGUGUGGAAUUAAUGGAAUUUAAUCAGUUAUCUGAUGUAUAUUAGAGGAACAACUUUGACCUGAAUCUCUGCAGACGGAUGGUUUUUUUUUAAGGACUUCUUUUCUGUCUUUAUGUUUGCUGAGUUUUUGUUUAUGUUUUCUUUAUGACUGUUGUCUUUUGGGGAUGUAUUCUUCUAAAUUUUUGUUUAACCUUUCAUACAAACUAAAUGCUACACACUGACAACAUUACAACCCGAGGAAAGUGCAAAUGUUUGUUUUUUUUAAUUAAUAUUUAUUUUACAUAUUUAAUGGUUUGUAUGGAAAUACACCAUAAAUUAAAGGGCUAAAAAAAUUAGGAAUGUAAGGUAGACAGUUAAUUGUGUAAAGUGUAAAAUAGGAGUGUGUGGAGUGCAAUGAGGAGUAUGACAUAAUAAAUAUAUUACAGUGUCA